UUUUUAAAGCCGUCUCAGCAUCUGGUAGCACUGGAGCGACGCCGGAAUACAAUAUUUACAAUUUCUAGAAUUAAGUGAAUUGAUUGACCCUCGCUUUGACCAAGUGAUGACGGAGCUCAAGGACGAGGUGCCGAUUUUCCACAAGGGCGAGAUAGUCCUUUGCUACGAGCCGGACAAAACGAAGGCCCGAGUUCUUUACACCAGCAAGGUUUUGAACGUCUUCGAGCGCCGCAACGAACAUGGCCUGAGAUACUACGACUACAAGAUCCACUUCCAGGGCUGGCGGCCCUCCUACGAUCGCUGUGUGCGCGCCCCCGUCCUGGUGAAGGAUACUGAGGAGAAUCGCAAGUUGCAGCGCGAGCUGGCCGAAGCUGCCAAGCUGCAGAUCAGGGGCGACUACUCGUACAAGGGCACGCCCGACAAGCCGGUGGCCAAGAAGAAGCGCGGCGGACGAGGUGCCCACGUCGAGGAACCCUCGGUGGACCCACUGGACACGGGACACCACACCGCUGAAAAGGAAAUGGCGCCCACCCAGCGCUCUGCUGGCAACCGCACGCGCGACAACAGCGGUGGCAACAGGAGGGAGAAAGCCACUCCCGCCGAUAGCAGAUCAAAGGCCAACCGGGGACGCCAAACGGAUGUCGGCCACCACAAUGAGCUCGCAGACCACGCUGCCGAUCGGUAUGUACCCCAGGAGGAUCGCAUCAUGAUGCGCGUUAGCGAGCGAUUGCGGGAGCUUAUAGAGUACGACCGGAAUAUGAUCAAGAAGCUGGGAAAACAGCACGCCCUGCCCGCCCGCGUGCCCAUUGUGACCAUCAUGGAGAACUUCGUCAAGCAGCGGGCCGUGGAGCUGGCCAUUGGCAUCAAGCAGGACAGCUCGAGGGCCAGGAACACUCAGAGUCGCAAUGCUCGAAUGGAGCGCGAGUACGAUCGCGUCAUGUCCAACGUCUGCAUGCUCAAGGAAGUGGUGGAUGGACUGCGCAUUUACUUCGAGUUCCACCUGGACGAUCACCUUCUGUACAAAGAGGAGAAGGAGUACAUUCACAACUACCUCACGGACGACAACAUGCGCAACUGUAGCCUGAUCCUAAACAAGUCUUAUGACUUUAUCAAUCCCAGUGGCGACACAGAACUGGUCGCAUUGGACGGCACGCCCGUGGGCGCAGGAUUGGACAAGACCAAUGGACAGAUCGAAGUCGGCAUUCUCGGCGGCACCGAGUACGAGAAGCAGUUGCAGAAGUGCCUGCUCUACAUCGUUACCACCAGUGGCAAGAACACGGCUCAGGCCUAUGAGCGCUCGUCGCCAUACACGGCCGCCUACAAACUGCCCAUGGAAAUGCGCGGGUUCCUCCACGAAACAUUCAAGUGGCGGCUUCUGUCAGCGGAAUCACCGCCAGAGAAGUCGAUGGUCUUCGGCGCUCCCCACCUGGCUAGACUGAUGAUAAAAAUGCCCAUGUUCUUGAACGCCUCACCAAUCAGCAAUAAGAAGCUUGAAGAUCUACUUCCCCACCUUGACUCCUUUAUAAACUACUUAGAGAACCACAGGGAGUGGUUCGACAAGGAGAAUUAUGCCAAUUCCACCGCCAUGCCCCAGGACGCAUUGCAGCGGGAGCUGCUUAACUCCCUGGAUGGCAUUUCUGCUUAGCCUUAGUCGAUCGUAGUUUUCUAGUUUAUUUAUUAUGAAGAUUAAAGCUUAUGUUCUUUUAUUUUAAAGAUUUGUAA